UUGGCUGUGAACUGUGGCCUGUCUCUCUCUGGUUAAUGCCGUGAUUGCGGUGGGACUCGCGCUAUGUCGGAUGGGGAAGAAGUGUUUUUGGAUUGAUUUUGUGUGGGAUGAUAAUUAUUUAGGGCAGCUGUGGGACUGCUUGCAAAGACUAUAUCUGCAAUUUGCUGGUAGCUUCAAAGGAUUGAUUUCGCUCCACGAGCUUGAAGAAUAUUUAAUUUGGAAUGAUAAGGCGGGUUAGGGGGAAGAUAGAAAUAGAAUUUAAGCCCCCUCUUGGAAACACAAAGCCAAGUUCUUAUUCCUUUUUGAAGUGGAUAAUUGUGGGGAUGUGCUGUUUAAUCUUUAUGAAGUGUGGCCAAUUCUAAUAGUUCAAUGUACUAAAAUGGAAAUGGAGAAUUUUCUGGUUCUUACCAGUCUAUUUUCUGGUAAAAUGUUCUGUUGGACAGUCCAGCGCACAGCAAGUUUGUGCCAGCACCAAGUACAGGAGUUCAAAGUUGAAUGAUUGCAGGUCUUCUCUGACUUGUGUUGAAAUAAUUGCCCUCCAUUGAGGCUUGAGCUUGGGCAAUCUGAGAUAUUUGGAGCUUAGACUGUUACGAGAGCAUAUAUACAAGGCUUGGUUCCUUGUCAACUGACCCAUGGGUUAACUCUUCUUAGACCUUAUUUGAUGAAUGCUUGGGUUAUCAGUAUGGAUAUGCUCAAGAAAGGCUCCUCCAUUCUAUCAGUUUUGUAACUAUUUUUCUUCCUAUCUUUUGAUGGUUGAAAAUGAGAUAUACUAGAUUCUUGAAACCUAGGUUAGUAAACUUGGAGUUAGGUGAUGAACAUAUUGAAACCUUGGAAUUCCUUUUUUGGGCACUUUUUCCGUCCAAUGCCGAUUCUUCCGGACAAAGUACAUCUGGCAAUCUAUUUCCAAAAGUAUACAGCAUAUUGUGCCCUUUGCACCAAGUCACCUAAAAUUUUUCUUUGCCUUUUGGGAGCAUAUUAUGCAAAAUCUAGCGAUGGAGUUUAGGAGGGUUUAAUUGUAAACUGCUCUAGUUUCUGUUUUUCUCUGGCUGUGUGUUGUCUCCCUUCGACUUCAAUCAACACUCCCUGCAUAGUUAGUUCUAGUGACCCUAUUUUCUAAUUCUAACAGGUGGAAGCUGUCCUAAUUUUCCCUUCUAUGCUUUGCACUUGGGCAGUUAUACCUUUUUUCCCCUUAAUUUGUUGAACUUAAACAAUACUACAUUUUGCUGCAUGCAACUCGCUCCACUUGGAGUUUGGCACAGGGUUGGCAUGUUAAAAAUAUAUGAUUAAAUAAAUUCUAGCUCAAGUCAAGGACUUGUACAAUCUGCUCUACUCUCUCAUUUAUGAUUAAUAGUAUUUUCAAGCUCUUACUCACUGAACAUGGAUUAUUUUCAUUGUAUUCAAUAUCAUACAAGAUUAUAGCUUUUCCCCCCUGGUAUGCCUUAGUGAGCGCAAGUUUCCAUGCUUGAAAAUGGAGAAGGAUACAAUUUAUAUAUAUAACAUGUGACAUGGCAAACCGCUUUUCACAUCGAGAUACAAAUGGUGAAUUGAAUUAUCAAAUUUAUGAAUAGUGGAUUUACAAUCGAAGUGGAUUGAGUUAUAAAAUUUGGUAAAUGACCUGAACUUAGUUUUUUGCGAAAAUAGGCAUAAUAAGCAAAAUACACUGCUUAAUACGAAGUUUUGACUAAGAUGUAUGAUAAAGGAGAAGAUAUAGUUGAACUUUGACAUGUAAGAUAUUUCAACAAAGUUUUUUUUUUCCUUUAAAACAAUCGCAUUUAAACAUACACACAAAAAAUUAUUGACCCAUUUCAUUUACAGUAGGAUUUGAAUUGCUUAAUUGAGUUUGUCUUAUUUCAGUACUAUCAUAAAUUAAUGGGAAAAUACCAAAAACAAACUUCACAUUUUGUCCUAUGAACACUUACAUAUCAUUAUUCUUUAAAAAUACAACUCUCAUACUUUCAGACAAAUCUCACUGAAAACAUCAAUUUGCCUCCGUGCAAAUCCCAAGCAUCUCAAUCCCCACAGACCCUAGCCUCCAUACCAACAAACCCUCAUCUCUCUUCUACCACCCAUCACUGUCCGCUUGCUGUCAACCCCCUCCUCGCCACCGUCGGCCCCUCCCCCUCUGUUCAUGCUCGGCUCUUCCUCCUCUCUUGGUUCACUAUGUCUCUCUCCCUCCUUCCUCUGCUCAUCUGCAAUCUCUCAGCGGCUGGCAACGACCUUUGACUGGGGCCUAUGCGCCGCCUUUGACGACCACGGUCUGAGGUCAGGGUACGGAUGGGAGGAUGGUGUUUAAGCCCGUUUGGAUUUAGAACUGGUUCUCAUGGCCAUUACAAGUCUUUCAACAUAGUCUUUCCUUGUUGCCAGCUGCAGUGGUUAAGUCCUUGGUUUAUCAAUAGCAUAAAUUCGCUCCUUGAUGAAUAUUUGCUGCUAGACUUGUGUCAUUCUCAAGAUGAGUAAUCAGUGUCCUGAGGAUCCCGAAGAACGAACCGUGGUGGGUUUUGAGCUUCCAAGAUCCCCCGAUUCAAGUUACAACAGCGCGUAUGCCAUGAACGAAGAUGAGGCACGAGACCCGCCUCUCUUUCCGCAGCAACUUCGGAACCCUUUGCUCGGCUGCCCUGCGACCAGAGAUGCCUCCGAAAGCCUUCCACCUCCCAUGAGCGUGCUUCUAAACCACCUCUACAUCGAGAACCAGGAGGCUCCGCGCUCCGUCGUGGCUCUCGGGUUCACCCACCGCUUCCAUUCCAAGUACGUCAGUGUCGUGUUGUACAAAGCAGUUCAGAGAAGAGGGGGGACCAGCUCUUGAUGGAAUUUAUUUUCACGUUUCAUCGGGUUACGAUUCGAUUGUCCUUCAUGCGACGGUAGUACCUCGAAAAGAAAAUGACUCGAAGUAGCUAAGCCGAAUACUUAUUGUUUCUCAGAGGUUCAUCCUGUGCUUGGUUGAUGCUCCAUGUCAUUCGACAUCAUUUGUUUACAAUACAAGUAGUCUCUAGUGCUUGGAUUGAGCAUUGGGAGGGA